AUGUUGGAUAAUAUUGGAAGUGUAAUAUCAGGUUUACUGGUCAUUGGUCUUGUAUACAUGGCAACUACAAAUGAAGCUAAUAAGAAAAAGAAAUUAAAGCAAGAUGAACCAUCAUAUGAUUUGGUUAAAGUAGUUACACCUUGUGCAACCGGUGCUGUACUAUCAUUCACUGUAUUCAUUUGUGAAUCUUAUCCAUUCAAAAACUUUUUCAUACCAUUCUUGUUUAAAAAGAAUAGAAUUGAUGAAAUGUUUAAAUUCAAGGUUGAAGAUGGUGUUACACCCUAUCCAAAUGUACAAAAGAUGAAUGUUCCCAUUCAAAUUGCAUCCUAUGAGACCUAUUCACCUGAAAUGUUUUUAAAGGAUGCUUCAGUGCUCUCGUUGAAUGACCAUCUUUUGAAUCUAUCGCAUUCGGCUCUCAAAUACAACAAGGCCUAUGUAGACAAAUCGACCAAUGCAGUUGCUGUGGCCAAGGCAUUUGUAGAGUGUCAAAAACAUUCCGAUGCACAACCUAUCCCACUCAAGGCAUUUAUUAGUGUUCGUGAAGACGACAUUUUGGAGCAAGCUGCCAAGAGUCAAGAGAGAUGGGAAGCAGGCACCCCACUCUCUAUUCUCGACGGUGUCCCCAUUUCAAUCAAGGAUGAAUUGAAUAUGAAGGGUUAUAGAACUACCUGUGGUACUGCAUUCCUUAGAGACAGUCCUGUAUGGCAAGUAGAUUCAGAUUGUGCUGAACGACUCCGAAAUAUGGGUGCCAUCCUGGUAGGAAAGAAUAAUAUGCAUGAGAUUGGUAUCAGUACACUUGGGUACAAUGUUCAUUAUGGUUUCACUCGUAAUCCAUUCAAUCUUGAUUAUUAUCCUGGUGGUAGUUCAUCUGGUUCUGCUUCAACUGUUUCUUCUGGUUUAAAUCCAAUUAGUAUUGGAUGUGAUGGAGGAGGAUCUAUUAGAGUACCAGCUGCUCUUUGUGGAGUGGUUGGAUUAAAACCAACCUAUGCAAGAACUUCACAUACUGGUUGUUUUGACCUUUGUUAUUCAGUUGGUCAUGUCGGUCCAAUCGCAAGCAGUGUCAUUGAUUGUGCUAUUGGAUAUGCUGCAUUGGCAGGUAAGGAUCCACGUGAUCAUCAAACACUUGUCCAACCCGAUCCCCUUAUCCCCAACUUUAGUAAAAUCCCAAAAGAAAAACCUCUAACCGGUCUUCGUAUUGGUAUCUAUCAAGAUUAUGUCGAUGAUUGUACUGAAGAAAUUCGUAUUUCUUUUAAAAAAUCAAUUGAAAUAUUGGUAGAACAAGGAGCACAAGUUGUACCAAUCAAGAUUAAUCAUUUAUUAUAUAUUAGAUUGGCACAAGCUGUUAUUAUUUUGUCAGAGAUGAAUAACUCGAUGAGCAAGUAUAUGGGUAAAUACAAGAAUCAAUUCCACUUGGAUACUAGAGCAUCAUUGUCAAUGAUGGAGUUUGUCAGUGGCGGUGAAUACUUGCAUAGUUGUCGUAUUAGAACCUAUGCUAUCAACCAACUCAAAGCAAUCUUUGAAAAUGUCGAUAUCAUUGUCACCCCAUCUACAGCAUCCACCUCGCCAGAGAUUCGUCCAUCUGUUCUCGCCACUGGUGAGUCUAAUCUCACUGCUGUCGCCGAGUUGAUGAAAUAUGCAUUCUUGGGCAACAUUACCGGUGUCCCGGGCCUAACCAUUCCCGUCAGUGUCGAUAAAAACAAUCUCCCCAUCGGUCUCCAACUCAUGGGUAGAUGGUGGGAAGAAGAUCUCCUAUUGUACACUGGUUACGUCUUGGAGAAACAUGUUGGUUUUAAUGCCAAACCACAAUAUUUUAAUUCUCCAUUAAAUUCUAUUUUGGGUGGUAGUAAUUCUGACAAUAUGCAUAUUCCAUCAAACUAA